AUGAUCAUUAAAGAACUAUGGUCAUUAAAAUUGGAUUGGGAUGAGCCAUUACCUUCCUCAUUAGUUGUAACAUGGUUUAGUAUUUAUAAUCAACUUCCAGAAUUAAUUAAUCUUUCCAUUCCUCGAUUUGUAGGUACCAAAAAUUAUAUUCGUUGUUCUCUUUACGGUUUUGCGGAUAGUUCAGAAAAGGCUUAUGGGGCUGUGAUUUAUAUCAAGCCUUGCCAUGAUAAUAAAUAUUACCUUCUUGUUUCAAAAUCAAAAAUUACUCCAAUUAAAGUUCAAACUUUAGCUAGGUUAGAGUUGUGUGCGGCGCAUUUAUUGGCAAAAUUAUUAUCCUUUGUCAUAUCUUCCAAUCAUCAUUCUUUAUGUAUCGACGAGGUAUAUGGUUUUACGGACUCGAUGAUAGUGCUUCAUUGGUUAACAGGUCCAGCUCAUAGAUGGAAAACUUUUGUCGCAAAUAGAGUAACGAAAGUUCAUGAUUUAAUUCCUUCUGCCAAGUGGUAUCAUAUUCCUUCCGAGGCAAACAUUGCCGAUUGUGUUUCUCGUGGUUCGUUGCCAAAUACUUAA